UUCCUCUCCACUUCCACACUCUUGCACGCUGCCGUCUUCUAAAAACGUGAAACAAGAGAUGGACAUUCUGACUGUAUUGCCGUCCAACUUUGGAUAUGUCAUAUUUACCUUCCUCUAUAGCUGGAUUAUGCUGGGGUAUUUGGCAGUCAAGGUUGGCGCUGCCAGGAAGAAGUACGAUGUUAAGUACCCCACUAUGUACAGUGACAAGGAGCAGGUAUUCAACUGUAUCCAGAGAGCACAUCAGAACACCCUAGAGGUGUAUCCUCAGUGGCUUGUUUUCCAGACCAUUGCAGCUCUUGUGUACCCGUUAUCAGCUUCUGUGCUGGGGGCUAUUUGGGUGACCAGCAGGUUGUCCUAUGCCUGGGGCUACUACACAGGAGAUCCAGCCAAGAGGAUGAAUGGUGCCUAUGGCUACAUUGGAUACUUUGGUGUCAUCUUUCUGUCCAUAUCUGUAGCCUUGCAAUUGCUGGGAGUCUUUUAAGACAAUUGUCAUAUUGUUUACUCAUUUACACAGGCUUAUAUGCCAUUUUCAGAUGUGUCAACUAAAGUAGCUGUACUAUUCUUUAAAUGCUAAUUUCAAAUUCAGCAUAUUUGUAUGGACCACUAACUUGAUAUCUCUUUAUUCAAAUAUUUGUUGUGAAUGCCUACACCAUGUGAUCAUCGACAAUAAAGUAGAUGCUGAUUGAUGCUACAGCCCCAGAU